AUGUCACGAAACGUACGGCAAAAGCCCCCCGUCACGCCGGUCAAGAAGGCGCCGAAGCGUCGGGGCUCCGACUCUUCGUCGUCACUGGACCUGUCCGAUAGCGACGGCUACUCGGCCGUUGGAGACAUUAGCGACUCUGACGAGGACGAGGACGAUGUAAUAGCGGCUGAGGAAGAGCACCUCAGAGUCAAUGGUUGGCAUGCAAGCAACCAGAGCUCUCCUCGGCCGGUAAACGAAGCGGAUGAAGAAGGAGACGACGAGGACGAUCCGAAUGAAGAGGACGACGAAGAGGACGACGACGACGAGGAUGAGGACGAGGAAGCCGUUGAGGACACCGCAAGCUGGGAAGGCUUCAUGUCCGAGGGCAAUGACAACAACGCCUCCGAUACGUCUGCCACCCAGGACGUCUCCGUCGAGCGCCGCGUGCGUUUCGCUGGAGUAUCCGACUCGGAGGGCGACACCACCGAGACCGACGAGGGUAUCGACGACGAAUAUAACAAAUUCUUCCCCGAUAUCUUCCUCGAUCAGGAUGCCCUGGACCCCAGCUUUCGCCGGGAGAUUGAGCAUGAUGACGGCUCUUCCGACUCGGGCUCAUUCUGGGACCUGCAGGGCAACCACUACGAUGUUGAUUUCCAGAACAUGGACAUCAUACCCCAGGCUGAGUUGUUCUCAGACAACCAGUGGCCGAUUCACGACAUGGAUGCGAUGGCCGCGCUCAUGGAGUCUGACAGUACGCCUGUUGCCACUCCUAUGACUGCGCAGGAGCUGUCUACUGCUGUGUCAACUCCUGCUGCCUCCCCUGAAAAGGGCCUAGAUGAGCUUUCUACAGAUGGAUAUCAGAGCGAUGGUGAAGAUGGUGGCGAUACCACAGAUGAGGAUGAAGAACCUGCAAGGCAACCCAUUCGACGGAGGCACUCACGUGAGGCGCCAGCGCAAUCUUCAGCGUCUGACUCGGACAUCGCGCACUUGGUCCGGCCUCGACGUGGCAAACCCCGCGUUGGCAAGUUCAAUCUCGAUAGCGACGGGAAGAAGCCUGUCGCCGUGGUGAACCCCCGAACCGGCAAGUUGAUGAUCUUCACCCCACAGCGUCUGAGGCGCCUGGACCUCUCCCCCGAGACGUUCAACCUACCUCUGUUCCAGCCCAUCGACUCGUCUCCGAUCUUCAGCAAUUCGGGAAACCUCAUGAUGGGCGCUAUGAUGUCUUCCAACACGCUCGGUGACUUCCUGAACCCCAACCAGCCUGUCGGCCCCGUCGAGGCCUUCUUCUCGAACAACUCGCUGGAGGAUAUCUUCGAGGACGAAGCAGAAGACGAUGAGGAAGAUGAGGGGGAGCAUGGCCUCGCCAUUGGAGACUUCCUUGAACUAGAUGGUUCGGAUGAUGACCAGGACAACGGGCCUAGUGACAACGACGAUUACUUUACAACGCCCAGCCGGCCAGACACGGCCGGUGGCGAUGUGUCUCACCUUCUCAGCCAUUUCGAGCAUAACUCGGACAUCGUCGGUGCAUUCCGCCGCGACCAAGCAAACUCUCAGCUGCUGAGAAGCGGCAAGGCAACUCGUGAGUCGCUUGCCUUCUCGGGUCCUCUUCAUCAGGGCACUCUGCGCGGUAUCAAGGAUGGCCGGAUCUCCAGCACCAACAUUCCGAUUUCGCCACUUCGAAAACAGAAGAAGCGCAUGCCCAACCUGGCCAGCAGCCCCCUCGCCAGUGUGACACAGAAGAGAAAAUCAUCGUCGGAACAACAGCCUUUCGGCCACAAGCGACAGCGGAGCAUUCCCGAUGUCGCCCUUCUUGAUAUCAACUGA